CUUGGUCCGGGAGAGUCGCGCCGGCUGCCGGUCUGCGGGGAUUGCGGGGGAACGAGCUUGGAGGACGGCCCGGCCGAGCGGAUGCACCAUGCCUAAAAUACCAAAGGGGAAAAGUGUCGGACGGGAGAAAAAAGUCAUCCAUCCAUAUAGUAGAAAAGCAGCUCAAAUGACGAGAGAGGCCCACAAACAAGACAAAAAGGAAAAGUUGAAAAAUGAAAAGGCUUUGCGUCUCAAUCUUAUUGGUGAAAAACUUCAGUGGUUUCAAAAUCAUCUGGAUCCUCACAAAGCAGGAUAUUCAAAGAAAGAUGCCUGUGAAUUAAUUGAAAGGUAUUUGAAUCGCUUUGGCAGCGAACUGGAGCAGAUUGAAUUACAUAACAGCAUCAAAGACAGGCAGGGCCGCCGGCACUGCUCCCGGGAGACCGUCAUCAAGCAGACGAUGGAGCGGGAGCGGCAGCAGUUUGAAGGCUAUGGCCUUGAGAUUCCAGAUAUUAUUAAUGCAGAAAAUCUUAAAAUUUUUAGAGAAUGGGAUUUUGAUCUGAAGAAAUUACCAAACAUUAAAAUGAGAAAAAUCUGUGCUAAUGAUGCAGUUCGUAAGAAGUGCAAGAAGAAAACUGUUACUACACCUGCAGACAAAGAAUUAGGGGAAUUGAAACUAGAAGAUGAAUUGAGUGACUCAGAUGAGGAAAUGACAGCAGUGGAUUAAUUGUCUUUACUUGAGAUGAAAUAAUUUGAGGGCUUCAAAUUCAAUUUCAAAACUUGAAAUUGACUGGUAAAUGUCUAGAUUCUAGAAUUUU